UGAAUAUUCUGAUAAGACUUUAUGGGCGAGAUAUUCCUCGGUAUUUGGCAAGUCUGUAAGCAUGCUGGUGCUAGCGUACAUCUCGGCGUUGAGCACUGUCCUGGCGAUAUAUCCCUUCAGGAACACGUCCUUGUCCUGGGAGGAACGUGUUGAGGAUCUGGUCAGCCGCUUGACCAUCCAGGAAAUACAAGACCAACUCGCUAAUGGCCAAGGCCCCAGUCCUGCGAUUCCAAGACUUGGGAUUGGACAGUACGUGUUCUGGAGCGACUGUGGUAGAGGGGCCAACAAUCAGAACGCGACGGCCUUUCCGCAGUUCAUCGGACUUGGGGCUUCCUUUGACAAACUGUUGGUCUACGAGAUAGCAGCAGCGGCUGGAGCUGAACAGAGGGCUUGGUACAACUACUUCGUGAAGCACAAGUAUCCCCUUGAUAUCCAUAUGGGAGCGACAUGUCUUGACCCCAACGUUGACAUGUUCCGAGACCCCCGCUGGGGCAGAGGCCAGGAAACAUUUGGAGAAGACCCUUUUCACAUUGGCGAACUCACUGACCAACAUAUACAUGGUCUCCACGGUUACCACCCACGGUACCUCCGGGUCAGUUCCACCUGUAACCAUCUUGCCCUGUCCGCUGGACCGGACAGUUGGCCAAUCAGUAGGAUGGACUUUGAUGCAAAGGUGUCCGAGUACGACAUGAGGACCUACUUUCUCCCGCCAUUCAGACGGUGUGUAGAGUCGGGAACAUACGCCUUUGUCUGUGCCUACAACAGCAUCAACGGCAUACCAGCUUGUGCGGACAGGGCCUUACUCACAGACAUACUUCGUGGAGAGUGGAACUUCAAAGGAUACAUCGCCUCCGACGCCGGCGAGCUGACCUCCAUCAUUACAGACCGGCACUACCUCAACAACAGCGUUGAUACAGCGGCGGCCUGUCUGAAUGCUGGCUGCAACCUUGAACUUCAGUCUGGGGACUGGAAGAUUUACAACUCUAUUAUACCUGCUAUCGAACAAGGCAAACUAACUGAAGUCUUCGUCAGGGAAAGCGUCAAGCCUCUCUUCUACACCCGCUUCCGGAUUGGAGAGUUCGACCCGCCCAGUAUGAACCCUUAUGCCACGCUGGACAAGGACCAGAUUGUUCUCAGCUCUGAACACAGGGAACUGGCACUCUGGGCCGCUAUCAACACUUUUGUGCUGUUGAAGAAUGAAAACAACACACUACCGCUCCAGAAGAACUUCAAAAAAAUAGCUGUGGUUGGGCCGAUGUCGAACGACAGUCAGGAUCUGUUCGGGGACUACACGGCGUUCCCAGAUUCACGCUUUGUAAUCACCCCUUACAUGGGACUGAAAAGACUAGCCAGCACAGCGUCCCUGGCCUCUGGAUGUAAUGACACCUGGUGUCAGAGGUAUGACCCCCAGUCUGUGACAGCCGCCAUACAGGGAGCUGACAUUGUCUUUGUCUGUCUCGGACAUGGUACCUCUGUUGAGUCGGAGGGUAAAGACCGGACCACCAUACAGCUGCCGGGCAGCCAGCUGCAGCUGCUGAAGGACGUCGUUGCAAACACGGAGAAGCCGGUGGUACUGUUAUUGUUUAACGGCGGUCCUGUUGAGAUAUCCUGGGCCGUCGACAAUCCGGGUGUGUCCGCCAUCUUGGAAUGUUAUCUUCCCGGUCAGACUGCCGGAGACGCUGUGUACGCUUCUCUGACUAACAAUGGUUCCUUCUCUGCGCCCGCAGGAAGACUGAGUUAUACAUGGCCAACCAGUGAUGAACAGAUACCAGGAAUGACUAAUUUUUCUAUGACUGAGAGGACGUACUGGUAUUUCACCCAAGAACCACUUUUCCCAUUCGGCUACGGGCUUUCCUACACGACAUUUAAAUAUUCGAACUUCAGUUUUGACACUGAGGUCAAUGCUGGUGAUGAUUUGUCGGGGCGGCUGAUUGUAACUAACACCGGAAACUACGAUGCUGAUGAAGUGAUUCAGGUGUAUAUCUCAUGGAAGAACAUAUCAAUGACUGUGCCCAAAGUAAAGUUGGUUCAGUUUCUACGUGUAGCUGUACAUCACGGUGGGGAUAUAGGCUUUGGUUUCAGCAUUGCUGCUAGGGACAUGGCGGUGUGGCAGGAUGACCUUGGAUGGGUAAUCAAACAAGGUGUGAUGAAUAUCUACGUCGGUGGGCAGCAGCCAAACCAGAAGCGUUCAGUCGGCUCCAACGUAGAACAGGGACAAUUUACUAUUGUUGGUGAAAAGAUUUUAGGAAGAUUUUAGUAAACAUCGUUAAUUAAUGAGUCUAAUGCCUUUGUAAUCAGCACGUUUAUCUAUAAAAAUAAACACAGUUCUGUCCUAUC